CCUCCACCCUGGCAGCUGUGAGAACAGAGGACUCACCUGGUUACAAUCAAGUAACCUGGUUGUCUUUGUCAGUUCAUGAUAUGCACAAGAAGGACCAUGUCCCUUCAGGUUGGGGACCAAGCCUACGUGCAGAGAGAAGACCAAAUCCAGGAUUCAGGGCCAGAUGUUGUGGAUGAGAGGAUGAAGAAGGGCCUAGUCCAACAGACUCUCCAGCCACACUCUAGACUACCAGGAUUACAGGCUAAACUGGGCAUAGUACCUCAUGGUGCACUUGACAUGGCCCGCAACAGACUGUGUUUCACAGCUCCAUCUGGUGACAGAACCUUCUCAUACAUUCACCAGAGGAAACGUCUUGAGAGGACAGAUUCUAAAGCAACGGCAGGAGUUGCGGACAUCACACUGCAGGCGAGUCUUUAACAUGGAGGAUGGUAUCCUGUUCCUUUAAGAUAAACUAUACUGAAAUAUAUUGUGCCUGCCAUGUUCCCGUUAAACACUAUGCUAGGGAUUCAAUUCAAUAAAAUUUAUUGGGUUGAAAAUUGUCUUUAGAUUGUCUUAAUGGUCUUAGUUGUCAAACAAACAAAACCAAACUAAGAAACUAACUAAACAACUUUUUACGUCUGUAUGAGACCUGUUAAACUGUUAUACAACUGUUGUAGGAGACCUAUGGAAUUACAUUUAUCUUAAAACUUUAUUGAAAGUAUCAAUAGCAUAAGGGAUGAAAAAGGAUAGAAUGCCUGAGGGUUUGUCUGCCAUGUCGCAGGGAAACCUGUCCGAGGGGGGUCAAGAAGAAGACUGGUUGUGUCUGGCCAUCCGUGAGGAGCUGUGUGAUUGGCCCGCUUCAUCCCUGAGAGGAAUCGAGGACAAACUAGUUGCUCUUGACUCCUCCCUCCGUGGGACCCUGAAACAAUCUCAGAUCAUUGAUGUGUUUCUCAAUAAGGAAGUUCCACUCAAAUUGCCUUCGUUUCACCUGCUUCUAAAAGCCUUCUCUGAUGUUCACAACCCAGACAAGGUGCAUUACAAAGGUGUUCUUCAGUUUAUAGGACGUGUUGUGUUCCCUCAGGAGCUACCAGAGUGCAGCCAGUCAGAGGCUGGGCAUGUGUCACAUUUAUCACCAGUCCACAGGAAUUCAGUUUCAGUGUGUAGCCUGGAUUCUGUCAACAAUGCGGAAACAAAGACAUGGCUCCAAAGGUUCCAAAGGUUGGAAAGAGCAAUGCACUUGAGUGACCCAAACAAUACUGGGUACAUGGACAAGGACAUGGCCAAGCGUCUUCUUCAAAACUACAACCUCAUUCUGGACUUGAACCUAAGUUCAUUGAGAAUUAUUGAGGUAACUUGUGGAGCAAAGAGCCAGAGAAAGGUUCACUUGGACUCAGCUCUGCAUUACCUGAAGCAGCUAUGAUUUAUCAGCAGUGCUGUUGGAAAGUGUGUGUGUGCAGUGCUUGAGUGUGUUUGACUUCAAAUUUGAUUUGUCAUUCUUGGCAUGAGAAUGUCUUAUCUUAAUUUCAAAGGUUGUAAUGCAUGCCCCAUUGACAGACAAAAUUGGCACUUUUUCAUGGCUUAAGGUGUGUAAUGGCAGUUUCCUCUACAUGAGUAUUGAGAAAUACUUUCUUUAAUUAAACUAAAUAUUAUUGAAUGACUCAAUGUAAAUACAAAACUCCAUACCCAAACUCAAACUGCAUGCCUGGGCCUAUAGCCCUGGACUAUAGUCCCAGGUCUACUCGCUUGGCUCAGUGUCUUGGUUUGUUUGCUCCUGGUGUAUAAUGUGUAUGCCAGGAUACAUUUCCUUCAGAAGCAAAUGGUCUAUCUCUGCAGCUUCUCUGUCUGUUUCUCACCUGUAUUUCUCCUCCAAAAUCUCACAGUGGGCUAAUUCAUGGUGUCCUGCAGUUCAUGUUCCAGUAACCUUAAAACUUCCUACCAGUAUCUAGGAACUGCUGAAUCAUUUCAUCCUGGUCUUUACGGUGUUCUUUGUCCACUCUGCAGAGCAUCUCUAGAUAGUCCAACCAUAGAGAGUCCAACUCAUGCCUGGCUUUACCCCAAAAACAUACAUUAAGCUACAUUGCAAGUUGACUAGAUUCAGGAUGGCAGAGGAAGACAUUAAUAUUAAAAGAAGAUCUACCUCUGGUUCCAACGUCCCGCCUUCCUCCAUUGUCUGACCAGUCUCACCAUAUUUUUUUGCUAAACUAUUAGUGUAGGCAGAGUAAUUGUGAAAUAAUCAAAAUUAUCUGUUAUCGCUUUGUUAACUAAUUAAUAGAACUGUAACCGCUUGUUACACUCAAGGUCUCGCGUUAUUGCUGAAUCAGAGGACUCAAGUUUUGUCAAAAGUUUCGCGUGAGAUUUUCAUAAACUGUCAACGUUUUGGUGAUGUUUUCUGAUUGGCUUUUAUCUGUAAAACUCGAGACAACUAUCAUCCCAGUAUGCCUGCUCCUCGUCCAUUAAUUGUCGUGGGGUGGUAGUGUAUUGCAUGCUGCACCAUGACCACGUGAAUGCUGCCGAUGUCAUGUACUGUUGUAAACAAUGAAACUAGUGGAGGCGGGCAGUGCAGUGUUGCCAGAUUUGAAAUGGCGAAGUAUCGCACCAAAAGGCUCAAAAUGAUCGUAUUUGGAGGAUAAUUAUCUGUGCAUCUGGCAACACUGAGAAGGCGGUUGACCAAUGACAGUUUUUCUACAGUCAGAGCUCGCGCAAAAAUGGGGUACGUAAGGGAGAUACGCUUAACAAAACUUGUAAUAACUAGUUUGUGAAAGACCCAGAAAAACAAAUAUCCCCGGUCGAUGUUGGAAUCCCUGCCGGACGCAUUUUUUAGGUCUCGAAAAGAGGACAUGUCCGGGUAAACGAGGACGUCUACAGUCACCUUAGCAAUACUCUACUACACAUAAGGAAGUAGGUUUUACAGCCUAGCCGAGUUUCAAUUCUGCAAAACUGAAUCCAAAACAAAACAAUAACUCUACUGUGAAUAGAAACGCCCAAUACAUAGGACAGUACUGCAGCUACACUCCACACAUUAUUGGCAUUGAUUGGAAAUUUAGUGUGAAGACCAUCACUUAGGAUAACUGUGAGAUGGCUGAACCAGAGUACCGACUGCAGACAACCAAGUCCUAUGCAGACGCCCUACAAACACGUCUUAACAGAGUGAGUGCUCCUGCAAAAACUACAGCAGGCCUCCUUGCCCAGAAUGAUCAACAGACCAAGCUUAGGAACUGCCUCUUUGCCCUCAUGAAGCAGCAUCCUGAGGGGUUAACUCUGCCUCAGGUGAGACUGGGUUGCCCUGACCUUGUCAACCCUUUGGUCCUAAAGUCCUACCCCUCCACCAGACAGCUUCUGGGCUCUUUAACUGAUGUGGUGAGACUACAAGGCAUUGGAGUCCAGGCACUCGUCCUCCCAGCCUCUAGACAAAACACAGACAGCAAGGAGACAUAG